AGUUUGCAGCUGCCUCUUGGGAGCGGCAAAAAGGCUCUGCUGCCCGUUGCGGGUCUAUCCGGCUCUGUUCCCGGGGAAAAGCCCUGGGGCCCUUGGGCUGGGUCUAGGAAGGUCGGAGAGCAGCUUGGCGCCUCCGCGGAGGAAAAGGGCGCGCGGAGACGUGUUCGAGUCGGGACCAGAGAGGACCUGCCGGCGCCGCUCGCUCCGGGCCCGCUUGCUUGCCAGCAGUUGCUCCCUCAGUCCUUGGCUCGCGCGCACGCCCCCUCCCGCUCCAGGGAGUAGUUUCGGGUGGCGUGGGCUCCGUCCUCUUUUUGGCUGGUGGGAACAGCGUGCCCAAAAGGGGAAGCCGAGUGGGCCCGGCCCCUCUCAGCCCAGUGCCGAUGAGUGCCCGGGCGCCAAAGGAGCUGAGGCUGGCGCUGCCGCCGUGUCUCCUCAACCGGACCUUUGCUUCCCCCAACGCCAGCGGCAGCGGCACCGCGAAUGCCCGCGACUCGGCUGCAGGAGGCGGCGGCGGCGGCACCUGCAUCACGCAGGUGGGACAGCAGCUCUUCCAGUCCUUCUCCUCCACGCUGGUGCUGAUUGUCCUGGUCACCCUCAUCUUCUGCCUCAUCGUGCUGUCCCUCUCCACCUUCCACAUCCACAAGCGUAGGAUGAAGAAGCGGAAGAUGCAGAGGGCUCAGGAGGAAUACGAGCGGGAUCACUGCAGCGGCAGCCGCGGUGGCGGGGGGCUGCCCCGGGCAGGCAGGCAGGCCCCAAACCACGCAAAAGAAACCCGGCUGGAGAGGCAGCCCCGGGACUCUGCCUUUUGCGCCCCCUCCGACCCCUCGUCGUCGUGCUCCUCUUCGUCCCCUGGCCUGCCGUGCCAGGGUUCCUGUGCUCCUCCGCCUCCACCGCCAGCCUCCAGUCCACAAGGAGCACACGCAGCCUCCUCCUGUUUGGACACAGCUGGCGAGGGCCUUUUGCAAACGGUGGUACUGUCCUGAUUGUCUAAGCCCCUCUCUUCCUCCCCUUCCUCGUUUCCAGCAUCUUUGCCAUCCUUGCUUUUUUCCUCCUUCUUCCCUUUCCCGUUUUCCUCUGGCCCCUCUUUACUCUUCCUUGUUUCCUUCUCCGCCCUCCCCUUACUCUGUUUCUCCUCCGCCGAGGCACUGUGCGGUAUUUGUAAAUAUUGGGCGAGGAAAGUCUCGGAAGAAGAACUAACGCUGAUAAUACUUUAUUAAUAUUUAUAGUAAUUAUUAUAAUACUAAUAACACAAUCCAAGCGCAUGACAAAUCACAUAAUUUCUCAUUGUCAAUGAAGGAUGCAUCUUCCCACACCUCCCUGUGCUCCCUUCAGUAAGGAGGAGAAACCAAACAAGCUACCAAAUAUAUAAAAGGCAUUGACCACCGGAGCAAAGGGAGAGGAGGGGGCCCGGUAAUGUACAUAGCUGUCAAGUUAAGGUUUAGUUUCUUUCCUUCCCCUCUGUCCGCUAAGCUUUCACUUUUCUUUAGCUUCCCUCCUCUCCCCUCCCCAUUCCCACCCUCAGCCGGGCUCAGGCAAUAGAAUAUUAUAAAGAAAACGUCUACAUUAAGCACCAGGACUCCAAGAGGCCACAGAGAAAGUCCCAGAAAAGCGUUUAUGAGAGGUACCCCUCUCCAGUCCGUCCUUUUCUUGGUUAACCGUUACUUUUUCCAGAGUAGAGCACUUCAUUUACUUCUUAAAAAUGUCCCUCGCUGGCCGAGCAUAAAUACGUUAAAAUCUUUAAAUGAGUUUAAAAAAAACAACAAAUCUAACGCUUUCACUCCCUGCCCCGCCCCUACUUGUGCACUUUGGACUUGUGACAUUUUCAGGAUGUACAGAGAAUCCGUGAGCUGUCCAGCCAAGUCUGGUGCUGAAAUCGCCUCCCUGUACUGGUUACUUCCUCUGGUUGUGCAGGCGGAGGAGGGGCUGUUUUGGAAAGUGACUAUUCUGGCUUUUGGUUGGUUUCUUUCUUCUUUUUAUACAAUUGGGCUAGCGUGUACUAUUGGUUUUCUUCUUCUUAAACAUUGCAUACGUUACCAUUUUGUAAAAAAAAAAAGUAUUAGGUGAUGUGCAGUACUGAAAUUGCAGUAUCUAACCAACUAGAAUGUUUCCGUUUUAUUUUUAGAACAAGUGCACCUUUGUUACAUAUUUAUUAUAUUGGUACCAAAUACAGAAGAAAACUAUAGUUCUGUACUACAUCCUCCAAACUGUGUAUUCUUGUUCUUAAUUUCCAGCUGUUGAUAUAAUGGUUACCACUGGAAGAGAAAUUCAGUGGUGCAGACCUGGCUUCUCCUGUUUCCAGAAGUGUUCUUUUGUACCUUACUCUGUAGUAGACUGUUAUAAAAAGAUGAUGCACA